AUGAUUACAUUACAUUACACUUUUCCUGUGGUAGAGAUAAAGGAAACAAAGACUUGCAGCAUGUCCGCGGGGGAUGUACCUUUGGUGGGCAUGGCCAAAAUGCCGCCGGCAAUGCAGUUCGACGCAAAGAAGGACUUCCACACGCGCACCCAUCAGCAGGAGUUGGAUGAGGCUUUUCUGGGCAACGAGCGACGUCCUUGGGUUCACCAAAAGGCGCGCAAGGAUACGCGACGCGAGCGGGAGAUCCUCAAUGGACUACUUAGCUCCACCACCGUGGAAUCGGACUACGCCAGCAGUUGUGUGGACAAACUGAUUGCCGAGGACAUCAGCUACAGGGAUUUGGCAUCCCUAACCGACGAGGAUUUGAAACUCUUUGGAUUCAAGUCUCCGCAACAACGCAAGCAGCUUCUGGAGAUGUUCGAUAAGAUGCCCAAUCAGGAUCCCAGCUACGAGUACCUCCGCAAUCAACCGGAGGCCAAGGGCUAUAACAAUCAGAUCCUGGGCAACGCCGGCAGUCACUUUAUGUCCUUGCGAGCCUCAUUGGCGGUUACCAACUACAAGCUGCAGGUCUCCACGCCGGAGGAUGUCGUCGUGGGCGAUAAACGCUAUGCCAGCUGCUUCGCCCUGGAAACCCUGAAGAGCGUUAAGCUAAUCACGGAUGAGAUAGCCAAGGACUCUAGGAAAAUCGAAGCCAAUGCCCAGAGUAGUAGGAAACAGGAGGAUAUGGAUAACCAGGACCAAGAGAGCAACAAGAAGAAAAAAUUCAGCCUGGCCUCCUUAGUGUACUUCACCACAUUGGCGGUGGGAUUCUCGUGUGCCUGGUUUUGGUGGUGGACUAAGUUCCACAGUGUUCCCCGACUGGAAAGGAUUUCUGUCCAGACUUAAAACAAAACCAUAACGAUGCAUUUAAUAGCUGCAUUCCCAUUUUCUUAUAGUAUUUACGCACAAAGCUGUUAGAAUUUACAUAUUUUUUGGUUAAGCUUUCACAAAAUCUCAAACUGUAUUGAAGUUUUACUGCCCAACAAUUAAGAAAAAACAUGAACUGUA